AUGAAAGGCUCUGGUCUUGCCUUUGAUCUUCUCUUUGCUGUGUUUUUAACUCCCUGGACUCCGUCUACUGGGCUCAAGACUCUCCAUUUGGGAAGCUGUGUGAUCACUACAAACCUCCAGGCAAUACAAAAUGGAUUCUCUGAGAUUCGGGAUAGCGUGCAAGCCAAAGAUGAAAACAUCGACAUCAGAAUCUUGAGGCAGACUGGGUCUUUGUAUGACACAAAGCCUUCAGAUAGAUGCUGCCUCCUCCGUCAUUUACUGAGACUCUAUCUGGACAGGGUAUUCAAAAACUACCAGACCAUGGACCAUCAUAUUCUCUGAAGAAUCAGCAGUCUUGCCAAUUCCUUUCUUACCAUCAAGAAGGACCUCUGGGUCUUUCACACUCACAUGGCAUAUCAUUGUGGGGAAGAAGCCAUGGAGAAAUACAGCUGGAUUCUGAGUCACUUCAAAGAGGCAUAUGCUGCUUUGGGAUUGGUUGGGGUGGGUGUGUUCUUGGAAGUGAUAUUAUAG